UGAAAACGACGAACUGUUGGCGACUGUUAAAUCUGAUACAAACAUUGCGAAAGGGAAAGCAAAUUACCGCGUGAGGAAUAUUCGAAUGAUAUUAAUGGUAGUUCUUGGUUGCGGUAUUAUACAUUUUUUUCUUGCAUAAACCGAAAUUAAAUCAUCAGUAUGGAUUUUGAUAUUUUAGAUUCAUUGGACGACUUGGGCUAUGCAGGUCCUCUGAAGAGUGAUUCUGCAGUUAAAGAGGCAAUUAACGCUGGACCGAAGUCUAAAGAAUUUACAGAACUUAUUGAAUGGUUUUCAGAAGAGUUACAAAGUGCUUGUGGACUAGAUUCAUAUGUGAAUGCAAUUACAGAUCCCGAAGAUGUAAGUUCAUUCCUAAUGGAAGUUAGUUCCCUUUUAAAAGAGCUACAUUGCCCUUAUAAGUCACUGGUAAGUGGUCCUAUCAGUCAAAGGCUUCUUGAUGUUCCUAGCAGAAAUGUGUUGUUAGAUUUCUUGUGUACUGAAUUGCAAGCUGCUCGUUUACUGCAGUGUAAAACAAAAAAGAAGCAUACUCUUGAAAUUGAAAUGGAUGAUAGUACUACUGCCACAUCACUCAUGAAAGUUAUGGAAAUUCUUGGUAUUCCUAAAGAGCUUGCUGAAAAUCCUGAUUCUGUGUUACCUGAAAUAGAAAAGAAGGUGAAUGAAAAAGUAUCAAAAAGGCCUGAACUCAUAUCUGAGCCUGCAUUCAAAGCAAGUUUGACUGAAAAACAGUGGGCGGGGCUUGAAAACCUUUUUGAAGAAUUUGAGGCUGAUUAUACAGUUCGACGAGAAUUAUUAAUCACAAGGUUAGAUGUAACCAUCCAGUCAUUUCAAUGGGGUGAAGGCAGCAAGGGAAAAGAACAUGGAAUUGUAGAUGCCUAUGUGUCUCUUCGAAACAAAUUAAAGAAGCAUCCAUCUGUUAAACUUACUGAUGUAUUAGCUGCCAGAGAAAGCAUAUUUAUAAUUGAAAAAACUAGUUCUGCAGAAUUAGUGAAAAAUACAAAAUCUCAUUUGAAUCGAGUUUUAAUACCAGCUGUACCUGACAGAGGUGGUCGACCCAAAGAGCAGAGACCACCUGUAGAAAUGCCAAACUGGAUGAAAAGAUCACCGGGAGGUGCAGGUGGUGGUAGAGGUGAUCGCCAUGGUGGUGGCUGGCGAGGUCAAGGAAAGAAAUUUCGAGGGGGCCAUGGUCAUAAAAGUGGUGGAAAGUGGUAGAUCGAAGAUCUUAAAUUUUUCACAUUUUUAUCACUGACAUUACUUUUAAUGUUCUGUAAAAAAAUGUUACAUAAAAUGUAGAUUUUGCUCAUGCCAGCAUGAUCAUUGGUGUUCAUAUUCAUCUUUGUUAAGUUUCGUAAAUUGUGUUCCAUUUUCCAUAUAUUUUGCCAUUUCAUAAUAAUAUUCUGCUGUUAUUUUAUACAGAAAUUGACUUAUAUGAAGUAAAAAUUGAUAAUAUGGGUUGUUCCCAAUUUUUGAAAGACAUUUGCCUUAAAUUUGUAUAAAUUAUUGUUUUGUAUUGUCAAAAUAAAUUGUAUUUGCACAAAAAUGUAAAAGCAUGUUUUCAGAAAAGGCAAAAUGUACAAAUAAACAUUGGUUUCCUCUUGAUGUAUUGGAAAGAGAAAAUAAAAUAUUUAUAAAACAUUAAAAA